UCUAAAAAAUACAGUAGCAUUAUUAUAUUUGAUAUGGUACAUAUGUAAUAUUUUUGUUUAUUAAUAUUAUGUCUUUGCUUGGCAAGUUGGUCGUCUAAGGAGCCUAGAAGCAACGUAUUAUAAACUUAUCCGCAAGAAAUCCAAAGUUAGCCCACAACCAAUUUGGUUAUAAAUACAAAGAUCUUGAAAUACAAACUCCACAAACUUAACACUCUUAUUUUCUCUCAUUUGUUUGCAAUUUACUCUGCACAAUGGCUAUGAAUCACUGCAUCUUCUUUCUUAUGUUCAUUGUCUCGCUUCAAGUAGCUAUUGCUGCUGUCACGUCCAUUACUACUCCAAGUGCAAAAACAUACUGGAAUAUGAAGUUUCCUAAUGUUGCUAUUCCACCACUUCUGGAAUUUAUGUUGCCUAAACCAUCAGGAUUUGAUUACACGAAGGCCAAAGCAAGUUUUAACAGGGACGCGACCAUGGCCCUCUACAGUUGGUAUGACUACGAGUUUGAAACUACGGGAGCACAACGUAAGAACAAAAUAUUUACCUCUAUGUUCAUCCGUCAAGAGGACCUACUAAAACCAGGCACAAUCCAUCAAUUGCAAUACCUAGGCCCAUCGGACCUUGGCCCAUCUUUCAUGUCAAGAAAUGAAGUCCAAACCAAAGUUCCUUUCAAUUCUCAACACUUUUCCCAAAUACUUGCUGCCUUUUCUAUAGACCCCAAUUCCAAAGAAGCUCAAAUGAUGAAGUCAACUUUGACUCGUUGUGAAGAUCCUUUAAGGUUUAGUCAACACUUUUGUGCACCUUCAAUGGAAGAUAUGGUUGACUAUGUAUCUUCUGAGUUCAAUCCUUUGGUUGCUAGUAAGGAUCUUCAAGUGCUUAGUGUUAUUGUCACCCCUCCCAUGGAGGGUAGCAACAGGUAUCGCAUAAAUAAAGUUAAGAUUGCCGGGGAAGGAAAGGAUACAAUAAGUUGCCACAAGGCAGCUUUCCCAUAUGGUGCAUUCAUGUGCCACCACCUUGUAGGGGGGACGGCUUAUCAUGUUCAACUCCAAAGCCUUGACAAUGAUAACCUAAAGGUCGACGCUCUUGUGGGUUGCCACCAUGACACCUCCGAUUGGAGUCCGUUGUACGGUGCCUUUGAGGUUCUUGCGCUCAAACCUGGACAAACUGUGUGUCAUUUCCUCCUUGCCGAUAAUGUUAUCUUCAUAAAGAACAACUGAUACGGUGAUACCUACCUAAAGUAGUAGAUAUGAAUGUGUAUUUCACUAUUUCAUGUUAUGCAAUGGGCUAUAUACCACGAAUUGGAUUGUACCACUUAUAAAAAGUCCAAAAACCUUGUAGUAAAUUGUAAUGUUCUACCUUGAUUUAUACUGAACAACUGACUUUGAUACUAUGCAAUGCA